GGGGGAAAUGAAUUAAAUAAUCCAAAAAAUCAUGCAAGACAACACAUUUUUUGCUUUAAAAAGGCAUCAAAGCUUGUGUGGAAUCAUCAAUUUUCUGAUCUCCGUGGGUAUAAAUGCUGAAAAGCUUUAAAAGGUUUGUGUUUGGUAACAUUCCGUAUAACACCACGGAGACUGAUCUUGGAAAUAUGUUCUCGUCUUGUGGCGUUGUGACUAACGUUCGCAUUGUCAUCGACCGUAACACCAAUCGUCCAAAAGGCUUCGGCUUUUGCGAGUUUCAGGACCAACAGGGGGCGGAUGACGCUGUUGCCAAAAUGAAUGGAACUGAGAUGAAUGGCCGUCCGUUACGCGUUAGUUAUGCCAACAACAAGUGA